UUUGUAGUUACCAUCGAAGCAUAUUUGUUUAUAUUUAACUAAAUAAAUAUGGGUGUGACUUGAAAAAAGACUGGGCAGUUUGGUUGUGAUUGUAUCCACACAAUACAACCAUGAACCGUGACAUAAGGGAGGUGUUGUAUGGUAAAGCACGUAACUACACCACAGGAACUAAACAAAAGGACAGGGGUAUAAGGUUUAACUUACAUCCAAAAUUACAUCUCAAUCCAGAUCUCUCUGCCUGGAAUGCAAAGGCAAACAAGGGAGAAUUGGAAACAAUAAAAUGUGUUGAGUCGAAAAUAAUAUUUGAACGACAUGAUCAGGACAACCCAGUUGACAAGGUGUAUGGAGUUAAUGAAGGGAAUUUUUGGGAAUUACUCAACUCAGACCAAUGGAAACAUUGCAGUUCACUUAGAGUAACCGAAGGUGUAUUGUUGGACAGAUUGACAGAGGCGCUGUUUUCUUUGAAGAAUCAUAGGAUCUUGUCAACAUACAAGUCUUCAAAGUUUGAUACUGUGGAGCACAUCAAAACAUCUGUGUGUAUGAAGAAUGGAACUAAGACUCAUAAAAAAGUUGAAGAACACAUCAAAGUAACAUUUACAUAUUUUGGAAAAAGGGAUCGCACAAAAAGGGAAAAGAGAUAUACAGGCAUGAUACCAAGUCUGGAGUAUGCCAUGUUGCCACCUAUUAAAACGGCAAAUAAAACCACAAGCCCUGAAAAACAAAUGAGCGCAACUGACGAAGCACAAGUUGUUGAAAGUGAUAUCACAAAUGAAAAACUUUCAACACUGGUGGCGGAUGGAUCUAGUUCUAAGACAUCAUUCUUUAGCACAAAGGUACAUGCACCCUCCACGGAAACCAAAAAAAGUGAAAUGGACUUGGAUAGCAAUACUUUAGCACAGAUGAACCACAGCUCGAUAUCAUCCAUAGAUGAAUUUUCUCAUGAUGAUAGGCUAGAAUCAAUUAUUGUACACAGUCCACUGAAUAUCUCAACUAGGAUUCAAAACUGGUGUGCCCAAAACUCAAAAUAUGAACCUGGAACAUCUGAAGCUACUUUACUAACGACAAUGGAGUUGCUAGGAGACAAACCAACAACAAAUAUGUUGCCAGGAGACAAAUCUCAAAGUGAAUUAUCAGGAAACAAUUUAUUGCAAGUUGAGAGAUUAAGUCAUGGAUCAUUAGAAAGGGGCGAUAUCCAAUCAAAUCCAUCCAAGAUGAUGAGUAGACACCAACUGCUUAGAAGCCUACUCGAUCCAGGGCUCAAGAGGGAUGAAAAGGGAAAUAUAAUUUUCAAGAAAUCUGUGGAGACCCUGUACAACGAAGAAAUUGUGUUUGAAACCGGUAGCAGGAGAGAAUCAUUUGCUUCAAAUGAGAGUGAUACGGAUGUUUCAACAGAAGAUGGUAUGUCGAUGGACAAUGUCCUUGAAAUAAUAUUCAAUACUGAUGAUGGCAUUGACAGAUCAAAGAUCACUAAAUCACUCGAUUUGCUAAGAAUGAAACAAAAGAUCUACAGAACUGAAUCACAACUAAGAAAAGUAAAGCUACCAAAUCUGGCACAAUCAAAAUACAACAGCACAACCAAAACUGAAAGCACAAUCCAGGAACAAUCACAAUCAAAAGAGGAUAUUGCUACAAGUCAAGAAGAAAGUUCUUCAGCCACCAAAUUCCUAGAGACUUUCAAUACAACUGAAUUGGACAUUAACUACAGUAUUGAGGAUUUCAAACUUAAAGAAUCGAAGAAAAAACGCAGCCUUUAUUACUGGACAAGACCAAAAGUCAUGAAUCUUGAUGAUCCAAAUGAAAGUAAAUUGAGCAUACAAAGCAAUUCAAAACAUAGGGCUUUUGAUUCUAUAGCCCCAAAGGGGAACGCAACAGGAGUAAACGCCUUUACAGGUCCAAAUCGUUUUAAGCAAGACAAGACAUCAGAGAGUCAACACGAUGCGCUUUUUCCAGUUAGAAUGCCAACUGACUUCAUUGAAAGACUGUUAAAGGCAGUUGAGAAAUAUGUAGUAAAGUUUGAACAUGUCACAAGUGAUCAAGGUUUCAUCACAACAUCAAGUAUAACAUUCAAUAGAAAUGUACCCUGUAACUAUGGCAAAGUGUAACAUAGUCAGCUGUCAAAGUUUAACACACUCAAAUGGCAAAGUGUAACACACUCAAAAGGUAAUGUGUAACGUAUUCAUAAAUUCCAAUGAAUAUGUGGCUCAACAUCUAUAUUUGAUUCUAAAAUAACUUUUUUAAACCAUAAAGCUAUGUAGCUACUGAUGUGCACCAUAAAUGGCCUUUCAUAUUCACUUUGUUACAUGAGUGAUCAGAAAAAAUUUUAAUAUCAAAGUCUAUUGAAUCACAUGGUAAAAAUUAACACCAAAUCAAAUAAUGCCAGAAUCACCAAGUUUGCAGAUACCUAUAUUUAAACAACAUAGAAGUUUUUUGUAAUAAUUAAUAAAUAUUUAUUCAUUUUCAAUCCAUAACCAUAUUCUGUAUACAUGUACAUGUACUCUUGUUUAAUUCUGCUUUAAAGGGUUUUAUUUAUACCAAAAACACAACAAAGACCACCAUUUGUUAUAGAUGCCAACCACCGUUCGCCAAGAUACAUCAUGAUUAUUGAAUGAUUGGAAAAUUAUAGUUGAUAAGAUUCAAAUGAUUUGGAGUAAAAUGUUUAUUAAAAAUCCAAAUAUUGAUUGGUCCUCUCUUAAAAUCAAUCUUCGAUAUGUGUUGUAAUAUGACUUCAUCUGUGAAUUGUGAAUUGUGAUAUGUACAUGUAGAACCUGAAUGGUUAAGGAGGGGUUGCUAGAAAUGUCCCAUAAUCUUGUAACUUUGGAUUGCAAUGUAUGGUUCUUGAAUGGUGAGG